UAAAGCUAAAAAAAAGUUGAUAUCUUUAUCAAUAAUCAAACUAAAUCCGAAUUUUAAAAUAAAAAGUUUUUCUAAAAGGGAAAAGAAAUGAGAUUUCCCCUGUCCCCUCCGUCCGGCAUCUCAUGACCUUUUUACGGCCGGUCGACAUUGGUGGUGGCCACACCAUCCCCACUGAUGAGUGCAAAGCCGCGUACAAGUAAAAACACUUCGUGAACCAAAUGUCUCCACUCUAUGUAUGAGCGUUUUAGAUUUUUCGGGCCGUGACAGAGAAUGUGCAUUGGCUAUUUUAUCUCAACUCAACCUUCACUGGGGUUGAUAAUCAAGCCCGAAUCCCGAUUUGAAUCCGACCUAAAAUUCCGACUUUUUUGGGGUCUACAAAUUUAAGCCCGAUCCUGGUCAUUUGUCGGGCAAGCUUGGGUCGGUUUCGACCUCGAACCAAUAUUCCCAGUAGAAAUUUCCAACAAAAUGCCGAAACUUUCACCGUACGGACAAGGAUUCGACCGGAUAUCUCAUCUCAUCGAUUUACAGGGUUUUGUAGCUAUGCAGUCAAAGAAUGAAAACAAGAGCCAAAUAGGAAUCUUUUGCGUCACGUGUCUCGCCGGUUCUGGUCAGAACAUCAAUGUAGUCUUCCCUUACAAGUUCGACCGCCAUGGUUUCUCUCUCUCUCUCUAUAUAUGUUUGGGUGUUUAUGGAACCAAAAUCUAUGUUAAAAUUAGAAACGAGGGCUUUUUCCUCCUCCUCCUCUGAGCUGUGCUCUCGGGGCCCCCAGAGUUGAAAUCGUUCGUCAGCCGAUUGCGCUGAAAUUGAAUGAAAGCCUUUUCAUGUUCAGCGAUCCAUAUCUGUGGUCUUUGCUCUGCAAAUCUCUGCGUCUUAAUGAUCGUGCUUCUGAAUCGUCUCCCAUCGAUCUCAGCUGUUUUCUUUCCGAGGGUCUGUUCAUCGUUGGUUGUUCUAAGACUGGACAAAGUACACUUCUUGUUCUUGAUUCUGCGAAUUUUCUGAAUCUUUCUGAUCUGAUCAUUUCCCUUCUCAAGAUUUGAAAAUCCAAAGAGGGGUUCCAAAAUAUCUUAGAACAUGCUGUUAGAAAUUUGUGUUUCCGUCGCUGUUGGGAGAAAUUUCAGCCUAAGAUGGAGACAUCGUUAGACCUUUUUGUCCCUCUGAAUUGUCAGAACACGUAAUAAUAACAUUGUCUGAAAUUUCUUCCAUGAAAGAAGCUUCAGCCAGUGGAAGAGGUCCAAAGAGGCGUCUGAGAUGAUGUUUCUUCGCCUUCUUCCUAUAAAAACACAACUCGGAAAGAGUAAAAAGCGUAACUACAAUGAGCUGCGAAAUGAGCAGAGGGAAUUACUCUCUGUGUAUCCUACUCUCUUUGCUGUCUCUGCUGUUCCGUUUCUCUGCAGCAACAACUGCUCCAGAGCUCUCGUUUUCGAGUGAUUGCCGUAGCGAAUGCGGAGGAAUAACGAUUCCGUAUCCCUUUGGGAUCGGGAAGGGUUGCUACCUCAGCGAGUGGUAUGAAAUCGUCUGCAACAGCACCUCCGGGAAUCCCGCCCCGUUCCUUUCUAGGAUGAACAGGGAAGUUGUGAAUAUUUCUCUCGAGAGAGGUUUCUCCUCUAAUUUUGGAUCGGUCCGCAUCAAAGCUCCGAUAACAUCCUCCGGCUGUUCUGAUGGUGAAGAAUUUAGCUCGACUUUGGAUGUGACGGGUAGCCCCUUUUUCCUCACCACCAGGAAUAGCCUCGUAGCCGUUGGUUGCAACAACAAGGCCGUGAUGACGAACGUCGAGCCACAGAUCGGAGGAUGCGAGUCUGUCUGCGAUGUAAGAUUCGCUGCGAGAGGACAGAACACGAGCUGCAAUGGUUACAGAUGUUGCGAGGCAAGAAUAGCGACUAGUCUUCAGCUAAUUGGUGUUAGAAUAGAGGACGUCGAUGGUAACAUAACGGGAAAGACCUGCAGAGUUGCCUUUUUAACCGACGAGGCAUAUUCCCCGUCGAACAUAACUCAGCCGGAACUGCUCUACUCCAAGGGACAAGCGACGGUAGAAUUAGGAUGGUUCGUUGAUAUGUCGGAUAAUGUGUCUGUAAACUCUGCAAGUUGCUUAAAUGUGACAGAAGCCAGAGGUUAUAGUGCCGCAAACGGUUGCAUUUGUUUAUACGGUUACUCUUUCGGGCGCAGUUAUAGAAGCUGCAGCUGCAACAGUGGUUACAAAGGCAACCCAUACCUUUCAAGUGGAUGCAGUGAUAUCAAUGAGUGUGAGGAAAACACGGUAGAAGUACGCGAUAACUGCCGGGGAAAGAGCUGUGUGAACCACCCCGGGUACUACUCAUGCGAGGAGAAGAAAACGUGGCCGAUCAUUGUAGGUGUUUGUGUAGGUUUUGGUGUAUUGCUUUUAGCCAUCGGAGCAUGGUGGUUGUACAAAUUUAUCAAGAAGCAAAAGAAGAUAAACCGGAUGAAGAGGUUCUUCAAACGCAACGGGGGUUUAUUGCUACAGCAGCAACUAACCGCAACAGAAGGCAACAUCGAGAAAACGAAGAUAUUCAGCUCAAAUGAGUUGGAGAAAGCCACGGAAAACUUCAGCGUAAAAAGGGUGCUCGGACAGGGUGGUCAGGGCACCGUCUACAAGGGAAUGCUUGUGGAUGGGAGGAUUGUUGCGGUCAAGAGGUCGAAAGUCGUGGACGAGGACAAACUGGAAGAGUUCAUCAACGAGGUUGUCAUUCUCUCGCAAGUAAACCAUCGAAACAUCGUGAAACUCUUAGGGUGUUGCCUCGAGACAGAGGUUCCUAUCCUGGUUUACGAGUUCGUCCCCAAUGGAAACCUUUUCGAAUAUCUUCACAAUGGAUUUGUUGAUGAUUACACGAUGACUUGGGAGGUCCGUCUACGCAUUGCCACAGAGAUCGCAGGAUCUCUUUCCUACUUGCACUCGGCGGCAUCUUCUCCAGUUUAUCACAGAGAUAUCAAGUCUACAAACAUAUUGUUGGACGAGAAAUAUCGAGCCAAGGUAUCUGACUUUGGAACUUCAAGAUCGGUAACAGUGGAUCACACCCAUCUGACAACGGUAGUGGCAGGUACUAUCGGGUAUGUAGAUCCCGAGUACUUCCAAUCGAGCCAAUUUACCGACAAGAGCGACGUCUAUAGCUUCGGGGUGGUGCUUGUGGAGCUCAUAACCGGAGAAAAGGCAGUCUCCCUUCUUCGGACUCAAGAAAGCAGGACAUUGGCAACUCAUUUCAUUCUCACGAUGAAAGAGAAUAAGCUCUUUGACAUUAUCGACGCUCGGAUCAAAGAGCAUUGCGACGUGAAACAAGUAACGGGAGUCGGAAACCUAGCGAGGAGGUGCCUAAACCUGAACGGGAGGAAGAGACCGAGCAUGAGAGAAGUUUCUACCGAGUUGGAGAGGAUCCGUUCAUCGUCGGAAGACUUGCAGGUAGAUGUUCAAGACGGCGAGGAGGAGGAUGCUGUGGAAAUCAGUGUGGUGGAUGCGUGGAGUGAUGAGAUUUCUGCCCCAUCCUCGGCCUUCGUCACGUCUGUACCGUCGGAUGUUGAACCUUUGGUUCCUCCUCCUCAGGCAUACGGGAGCACUUCAUGGUUAGCUGUAUGAUAAUAACUAGUGUUUUGUGCGUUAUUCGUCUUUGAUUUUUUUUUUUAAAAAAAUUGCUUCAAUAUACUCUCAGAUGCAGCAUGAUUUUGCUUUGCAUAAAGGCUUCAUUUUUCAUCAUCCCGAGUUCAUACAGAGACACAUUUUCCCAAUGUAUCGGAUUGCCAUGGUCGGAGAUCUUGCAGGGAAAAGAAAUUUUACAAAUCUUAACCGCACGAUCAAACUGGCUGCCAAGUGUUUCCACCGUUACAGAAAAUGUUGUCGGAAAAUUCUCAUCUCUUGGCAAAAUGAACACAAGAAUCUACAUUAUAACAGCAUCCAGAGGAAAAGAUAAGGAUCCCAACGGUGUAAUCUAUCUCUCAAGUAACCAACCUCCGAAGAUAAACCAUCAGUUGGAUAAAUCCCAAUCUCGGGAUUCCUCUACUCAAGUAGCCAACCUCUAAAGAAAAACCACCACCGCCAAGAUCCAAAGGCAGCUGAUAGACUCGGGUUCAGGCUCAAAACAACAACACAUAAGUGCUCGACCUGUUCUGUAAGAGGAUAUAAGCCUAAGGACUGAAAAAUGCUCGAGUUUGAGGGUCUCGCAGAGACCGGAAUAUAUUAUGUAUUCAACCUUUCCUUUUUUUUUU